AUGGCGUUUACGACAUCAAAGCGAAACGCAAUCGCGUUUCUCACAACGCUACUAGUAGUCUCCGUUCCAUUUUCUUCCUCCACCACACUACAACAAGAUUUCGUUCAGUGCCUCGUCGACAACUCCGACGUCUCGUUCCCUAUAACGUCGUCGUUUUUCUCACCGGACCAAAACGCAACUCUGUUCAAAGAAGAGCUCGAAUCAACGGCGCAGAAUCUCCGUUACUUGACGCCGUCAAAUCCGAAGCCAGUGUUCAUAUUCGAGCCGUUGUACGAGACGCAUGUCCAAGCAGCGGUCGUGUGUGCCAAGAAGCUGCAGCUUCGCAUGCUGAUACGUAGCGGCGGUCACGACUACGAAGGGCUUUCGUUCGUCGCCGAGAACGAAACGCCGUUUGUAAUCGUCGAUCUAUCAAAGCUUAGACAGAUCGACGUAGAUUUGGACAGUAACAGUGCGUGGGCUCACGCGGGUGCAACCAUCGGAGAGGUUUAUUACAGGAUCCAAGAGAAAAGCCAAACCCAUGGUUUUCCGGCGGGUUUAUGCUCCAGCCUCGGAAUCGGCGGCCAUUUAGUCGGCGGAGCAUACGGUUCCAUGAUGCGUAAGUUCGGUCUCGGCGGAGACAACGUCCUCGACGCCAGAAUCGUCGACGAAAACGGCAAGAUCCUUGAUCGCGCGGCGAUGGGAGAAGACGUUUUCUGGGCGAUUCGCGGCGGUGGCGGCGGUAGCUUCGGCGUGAUUGUCGCCUGGAAAAUUAAACUCGUACCGGUUCCGGCGAUCGUGACGGUGUUCACAGUCACGAAGACGUUAGAGCAAGACGGAACUAAGGUUUUGUACAAAUGGCAACAAGUCGCCGACAAGCUUGACGACGAUCUCUUCAUUCGCGUGAUUAUUCAACCGGCGAGCAAAACCACCAAGACCGGAAAUCGUACGAUCUCGACUUCGUACCAAGCCCAGUUUCUCGGCGACUCUAAUCGGCUCUUGCAGGUGAUGCAAAAGAGUUUCCCUGAGCUAGGACUGACCAAGAAGGACUGCACCGAAAUGAGCUGGAUCAAAUCUGUAAUGUACAUUGCGGGAUUUCCGAACAGCGCAGCACCGGAGGCUCUACUCGACGGAAAAUCACUGUUCAAGAAUCACUUCAAAGCCAAAUCAGACUUUGUGGAAGAGCCAAUUCCUAUAGAGGGUUUAGAAGGUUUAUGGAAGAGGUUUUUAGAAGAGGAUUCGCCGUUGACGAUAUGGAACCCAUACGGAGGAAUGAUGUCGAGGAUUCCCGAGUCAGAGAUACCUUUCCCUCAUAGGAACGGGACGUUGUUCAAGAUUCAGUGGCUAACGAGUUGGCAAGACGGGAAAGCGAGUGAGGCGAGGCAUAUGAAGUGGAUAAGGGAAAUGUAUAGUUACAUGGAGCAGUAUGUAUCGAAGAAUCCGAGACGUGCGUAUGUGAACUAUAGGGAUCUUGAUUUGGGGGUGAAUGAGGAAGAGAGUGAUGCUAGAGAGUGGGGGAGUAAGUAUUUCAAGGGGAAUUUCGAGAGGUUGGUGAAGAUUAAGGGUGACUUUGAUCCUGAUAAUUUCUUCAGGCAUGAACAGAGUAUUCCCACAAAGAUUGGUUAA